GGCCGCGCGCUGCUCUUUCUUGGGGUCGCACGUGCCCACCACUCGGUGUCACGGCGAGAAAGAAGAGCAGGGGCAGCCGUUCGUUUAGCGGGCUGUCGCCUCCGGAUACAGAUGAUCGCUCGCAGCUCCUUCUCAAGAGUCGAUUGUCUGUUGAAGCUUGUAUGCGCCCCAACUGUUCUUUCUAAUCCUUUGUGCCGUCUUCAAGUCCCUACCUUUCAGGGUUUUCACCAUGAUCACAGUUUAAAUUGUGUUAUGAAAGUGGGUGGGGCCAAGGAUAGGUCAAAUAUGAUGGGACAACACAAGAAGCAGAAAGCAACUAUGCCUGUAUGGAGGCCAAUCUCCACGCAGUCAGAGAAUGCACCAGGGAGUUGUGGCUGUGAAACUGACUCCAAGUCUAAUGAGGUGAGAUGCCAGAAAGAAGUUAUGGAGGAAACUUUACAGGAAUCAAGCUCCAACAAGUAUGCAGAGUUCGCUUGUGGAGUUGAGAAAUAUUCUAUCUCUGUUGAGGUAGAUUCUUCUUUGAUUCAUUUCAUAAAAGGAAAAGGGGGCUCUGUGCAAACACAAAUUGAGGGAGAGUUGGCAGUGAAAAUUAUAUUCCCAUCAUCAAAGGAGGACAAUUGUAUUGUUAUUGAAGGCAAUUCUGUCGAAAGCGUGACUAAAGCAUCAGAAAAAAUUGCAACUAUAGUUGAAGAGGCAGUGAAAAGCCCACGGCUUGAUUACUCUCACUUUAUAUCACUUCCACUGGCUAUUCAUCCAGAACUGGUAGAGAAGUUAAACCAUUUUCAGAAUUCGAUCUUGGGGGAUGCUCCUUCUAGCCAAGAUGAUAAUCUAGAAAGUGCUGCAGACAAAGAGGAGGAUGAGGAGAAACAGUCAGAAAGUCCAAGUGUUGCCGUUAAUCUUGAAGUCCAAGAUGAAAAGGAACAUAAAAGAGUGAAGACAGAUACUGUAGACUCCAAGUCAAAUGUUCAAACUUCCAUUUUGUCAGAUUUGGGCAUUGACAGAUCCAUAUUUAUCAAACCAAGAACAUUUCACUUAACUGUUCUUAUGCUGAAGCUGUGGAACAAGGACCGUGUUGCUGCAGCUACUGAGGUUCUGCAGGGAAUAUCUUCAAAAGUAAAAGAUGCCCUGGACAAUCGACCUGUCGUUAUAGGACUCAAAGGGUUGACAUGCAUGAGAGGUUCGCCAGCUAAGGCCCGUGUUGUUUAUGCUCCUGUUACGGAAAUUGGUGGAGAGGGACGCUUGCUACGUGCUUGCCAAGUCAUGAUCGAUGCUUAUGUUGAAGCAGGACUUGUUCUUGAAAAGGAUGCUCAUCAAACAUUGAAGCUGCACGCCACCUUGAUGAAUGUGAGGCACAGGAAGAGGAAGAGGACUAGAAGACAUGAUUCCUUUGAUGCACGGCACAUCUUCAAGGUUCAUGGCUCAAAAGAUUGGGGUGAGUAUCUCAUCCGAGAAGUGCAUCUUUCUCAGAGGUUCAAAUUUGAUGAAAGUGGAUAUUAUCAUUGCUGUGCAUCGAUUCCUUUACCCGAGAACAUGCAGACUGAAUGAGUUCCACCUUCUCGGUUCAUAUAUUCAGGUAUGCUUAGAUGGUUUAUGCUAUCUGUGCAUCAGAUGUUUGUUCCAUGCAAAAUUCCAGCUGUUUUAUUAUACUUUCUGGUUACUUUGUCUGGAAGAAAAAAGAUUGUGUAAUUUAUCAGUAAGUUUUCUACUGACAUGGCAUUGUGGAUGAUGAAUAUUUCACUUUUAUUUUUCUCAUUUACGUAAUACGAGUCUAUAUACCUGUACUAUCAUCACACAAUAAUUUAAAUAUGAUAAGGUGGUAAGAGGCAGGACUGGUUAUAUUUUCUA